AUGUCUCAAGACGAGAAGGUGAGGUCCUCCGUCGAGGCCUCCCGCGACACUGCUCUGCCAGUCCUGCCCACCGUCAACCCCGAUGCGCAAAAGUCCGCGCCUGAGCCGCCGACCUUCCAUCCCGCCGUCUACAUUGCCACAUGGAUCACGCUCAGCUCCAGCACAAUCGUCUUCAACAAGUACAUCCUCGACACGGCCAAGUUCCACUUUCCAAUCUUCCUCACAACAUGGCAUCUGGUCUUUGCGACUAUCAUGACGCAAAUCCUCGCCCGCUUCACCACCAUCCUCGACUCAAGAAAGAAGGUGCCCAUGAACGGCCGUGUCUAUCUGCGAGCUAUUGUCCCUAUCGGUAUCUUCUUCAGCAUGAGUUUGAUCUGCGGUAACCAGGCCUACUUGUACCUGAGUGUUGCCUUUAUUCAGAUGCUCAAGGCUACUAUGCCCGUCGCUGUCUUGCUCACCACCUGGGGUCUUGGUGUUUCGCCUGUCAAUCUGAAGACGCUCGGAAACGUGUCCUUCAUUGUCAUUGGUGUCGUUGUUGCCUCGAUGGGUGAGAUCAAGUUUGUCAUGACUGGUUUCCUGUUCCAGGCUGCUGGUAUCGCUUUCGAGGCUAUCCGCUUGGUCAUGGUCCAGCGUCUGCUCAGCGGCGCCGAUUUCAAGAUGGAUCCCCUCGUCUCACUCUACUACUACGCCCCCGCCUGCGCUGUUAUCAACGGUGCCAUCUUGCUCUUCACUGAGCUCCCUUCGAUGACCAUGGCUGACAUCGACCGCGUCGGUCUCUUCACCCUGUUGGCCAACGCCUCCGUUGCCUUCUUGCUCAACGUCUCUGUCGUCUUCCUGAUUGGCAAGACCUCGUCGCUCGUCCUCACUCUGUCCGGUGUACUCAAGGACAUUCUCCUCGUCUUCGCCUCCAUGUUCCUCUUCAAGGACCCCGUCAGUCUUCUCCAGGCCUUUGGUUACAGCAUUGCGCUCGGUGGCCUCGUUUACUACAAGCUUGGUGGUGAGAAGCUCAAGGAGUACCUCGGCCAGGGUAGCAUGAAGUGGCAAGAGCUCGGCCACAGCAGGCCUGUUCUCCGCAAGCUCAUGGUUUUCACCGCCGUCAUCAUCUCCAUGUUCUUCAUCUUUGGCUCCCUUGGACCACGUUAUGCCCCCGAGUCGACCAACCAGGUCUACAACGGUAUUGGCAAGCUCAUUGGCGACAAGGCUGUAUAA